AUGGAUGCUAUCGCCCACUCAGUGGACUGCAUCAGCAGUUCAAUUGCUCGUCCCACGCUCUCUACGGUUCCCUACUCUCGUUCAACUUCGCGCUCCGGGUCGCGUCCCGGCCUGUCUCGCCGACCAGCAAAAUUCCUUGGGCCGCUUUAUCAUGGUCUACUAAUUCUAAUGCUUAUUCUUUGUUUCUCGCCGAUAUCAACGCUAGCACAAACAAUACCCGGUGUAUCAGAUCCAAAUGAGGAUGGCCCCCGAUCGGCAUUGGGGCCAAGUGGAGAGAUCAACGUGGGUGAGCUUGCCGAGCGACGAGAGUUGUUCGAGCUCCAUGAAAUCUUCCAGAUCGAUGAAGCCGAUAGCGACGAGAGGGCGACAUCACCCGGUAUCGAUCGGAAUGGUGCCCUGUUACUGCCCCGGAGCAUUGUGACUGCCCAUAAUUCGUCCUCCAGCGACCUGCCCGCCGCAUUCGAUACUCUCUCCAAUAACUUCGCCAACGCGACCUGCGUCGCCUUCUUCGAAAAAUUCCGCUCCAACUCGUCAUUCACCGACUGUCACGCAGUCUCGGUCCUUCUUGGGAACUCCAAUUCCUUUUUCCACACCUUGACCUCCGCCGUGGCUACCUCCCAUGUGCUCGACGUUGCGUGCUCGCAAUCGGUCACCAAGUGUGCAUCGACCAUGACAACACUGGCCAAAGAAAUGCUUCAAGACAAAAAUUGUGGCCAGGAUUAUGAUGCGAACAACUCGGUCGUCCGAAGUGUGUAUCAAGAAUUGAUAGCAUACGAACCCAUGUACCGCGCCUCCUGCCUGACUAAUCCAGACACAAAGGACUAUUGCUUCGUCGAUGCCGUUACCAACACGACGGCCCCAAAUGAUUAUAAUGUUUAUUUCAUGCCCAUUGGCAGCACGUUGACUUCGUCGGGGAAGCUCACCUGUAACGAAUGCUUGCAGGCGACUAUGAAAAUCUUCGCUCAGUGGGCCAGCACCGACGGCCAGUCUCUCGACACCACUUAUCUACCGUCUGCCAAAGUGGUAAAUGGAUAUUGUGGCUCUGGCUUCGCCAAUACCAAUGUCACUGUUGGCUCUUCCAAAGUGACCGCUGGCGCUGGACAGGUGAUGCAAUCACCGAGUUUCCGGCUCAUCACUUCAUUGUUUGCCAUCGCUCUCGGGGCCACGAUAGCGGGGGUAUUCUAA